AUGCUCCCAAUCAGAUUGUCACUUGAGAAUUAUAAGUGUAAUCUUUCGCCAUCAAUGACUCGUUGCGCAGGAUUUUGCCAGAUCACGUGCGGGCGGUGCGACUGCUGCAGAACGCUCAGGAACGUCGCUACGGACGAAGGGCUUUCGGAACUGGUCUGGGCCUUUGAAAUAUCCGGCCUUGGAAACUUGCUUAACGCACCUGGAUGGGAGGUAGCCAUACUUGGGCCAAGGAAUGGAGCAUUGCAGCGCCUUCUUGACAGCCUCGGAUUCACCGUUCAGGACGUUGAGUCCAACAGCAAGUGGGCGAGGGUGCUGGGGGAGGCCCUGAAGUUCAGCGUCCUCAAGGCCGAUCCGGAUCUGCGCGCCGUCUACACGGAGGCUUUCCUGCACGACGGCAUGGAGCUGGCCACAGAAUUCGACGACCACCAGCGGCUGAAGGUGCAGAAGGACGGCGGCGGAACCGUCAAGUUCGUGGGGCCUAUGGGCAGCGCGACGGUGCUCGAAUGGGACAAGCCCAGCUGCAAGGGAUACAUCCACAUAGUUGACGAGUACUUGGUGCCUUCGGCGGACUUCGGCACGUAUCUGGAGGACGUCACCGAUGUUGGAGAAACGGAGGGGUACUGUGAGACGGCAACAUCCAAGCAAUACGAUGGACAGCUGGUGGACACCAAGCAGACACAGUCGCCAGGAGAUUGCUGCAGGAAAUGCAAAAAGAACAAAGACUGCACAGUCUGGACCUUCUGUGCCAAGCCCUCCGGAUGUCAGGAGAGGAACUCCCCCAUCAUCCCGUGGGGCACAUGCCACCUAUUAUUCGACGUGGCCCUGACCCAAGGCCGAAACCCCACCACGAUCCGCAGCGACGAGUUGACGCCCUACCAUUCAGGAGUUUUCAGAAGAUGA